UAAGCUAUGCUAAAAGUGGUAGCGCCAGACCCGGAGAUAGGCUGAAUGGAUUCCAAAACAGUAAAAUAAUGUUUAACUCUAGGGGAGCUGGAAAAUGAGCAUAUUUUUUUAAAAAGUGGAGUGUCCCUUUAAGUUACAUUUUUAGAUGUUACCAAUUGAAGUAAUUUUUUAAGUAGAUCUAACUUUCACCUUAUACAGUGUAGCUUACUUGUAAUUGCUUAAUUGUAAAUGUGUCUUAAUCUGGUAUAGAAGAAAAUGCUGUAUUUUAACAUUUGAUAAUCAUCACACUCCUGAGCUGUCAAUACCUUAUUUUUGUAUUAAAAAGUUUGUCUUGACACCAUGUUAAAUGACUGGGGAUGAACUGACGUACAGUAUAUAAACAGAAGAGUAUUUGACUAGUUUUGUGCUGUUUUAAAGAUUUUGCCUCAUAUAGUACGAGUAGGUAAAGUUUUUUACAGUGUUUAUUUUUAAAGUUCGAUGUUCAUCGAUGGCCUUUGUGAGUUCACCUCCAUUAAGCUUAUUAAAAGGGAGAAAAUACUUGAAGUGUCACAUGUUUAAAUGAAUGUGCAUGUAGAAAAGAGUUUGUCACUUCUGAAUUGCUCCCAUACAGUAUAUUCAUUCGUUGUUUUAGCCUUACAUCCAGUGCUUUUGCAGUAUAUGACAAUAAAACACUUUUUUAUGAGGGACAUUGUGUGACAUAUUAGAUAUUAAAGUUAUAGAAGAAUAUUUAUUGUUGUUUAAGAUGGCCAUACAAUUCUUACUUAUAUGUGAAGGAGCGUAUUGUACUUUUUAUAUGAUGGCAUGUUGGUUAUUGUUGCUCUUACUUUACUUUUAUCAUUGUUUUGAGAGGCCAGCAAUAAAAGAUUAUGCUUUAAUAACGCACAAUUUUAUGUUUAUCUACUCGUACAAAUCGCCUCUUUGUUUUUGUUGUUUUUUACCAUACUAUUGCUGGACUUUUUGACAUAUUUGCCUUUAAAAAUUGUACUUAAGCUGUUUUUUGUGCUAACCAAUAUUUAAAGGGUAUUUUAUUUGUGAUGUUUAUUACAAAUAUACUGGAAUUAAAUUAUUUGUUGGUGCAUUAUUUUUUGUGAUUGAUUAUUAAAUGCUAUUGGUUGUGAAAUAAAAAUGCUCAAUAUAUAUAAUUGGGCUGGGAUUAAAAGUCUAUCCAGUAUGUCUAAUUGUAUUUUCCAAGGCAGAUUUUCUUAAUACGACAUGGAGUAAUUUAACAAAUGGUUUUUUACUAAGAUAUGGGAGAGCAGAUGCUUCACAAUACAUUAAGCUCUUUGUGGCAUAAAAAAUCAGGUAUGAAAUGGAGCCAAUAUUUAAUCUCAUUGUUUAAAGCCAAUAAUAUAAAAGACCAACCAGUUAUAAAACACACUGCUGUGUGACCUCGGAGCUCCCAGACUUCAGUUUUUAGCAUGGAAAGCAUCACACCGGCAGAUACGUCCGUGAUGGUACAGCCUACUAUUUUUCCACGUGUGGGCUACAGCAUACUUUCGUACCUCAUGUUUAUAAACACAUUACUUUCCGUGUUUAAUAACUCGCUGGUGAUCGUCGUAAUGCUUAAAAAUGUGCAUUUUCUCAAUGCGAUGAACAUCAUUAUUCUCAGCCUUGCGAUCUCGGAUCUUAUGAUCGCCACCUGCGGUUCAGCAAUCGUCACCAUCACGAAUUAUAAAGGAUCUUUCUUUUUAGGAGAACCGUUUUGUGUUUUUCAGGGCUUUGCUGUGAACUACUUUGGUUUGGUGUCUCUGUGUACUCUCACACUUCUGGCAUAUGAGCGAUACCACGUUGUCUGCAAACCAAUGGCUGGCUUUAAGCUGAACGUUCGCAGAAGUUGCAUGGGUCUGCUGUUUGUAUGGCUUUAUUGCCUCUUCUGGGCUGGCGCUCCACUUUUAGGCUGGAGCUCAUACGGACCUGAGGGUGUCCAGACGUCAUGCUCUUUAGGUUGGGAGGAGAGGUCCUGGAAUAACUACAGCUACCUUAUCUUCUACACUAUUCUCUGCUUCAUCUUACCCACGGCCAUCAUUAUAUACUGCUACACCAACGUACUUAUCUCCAUGAAGAAGAUCAACAAAAGCAUUGAGCUUCAAGGUGGAAAAAACUGCCUGGAGGACAACGAACAUGCAUAUCGAAUGGUCCUGGCCAUGAUCACAGCCUUCUUCAUCUGCUGGCUGCCUUACACUGCCAUCUCUGUAGUUGUAGUUGUGAAUCCAGAAAUCUACAUAUCACCUCUGGUGGCCACCAUGCCGAUGUAUUUUGCCAAGACCAGCCCUGUUUACAAUCCUAUUAUCUACUUCCUGACCUAUAAACGGUUCCGGGAGUCCUCUCUGGAGAUCCUGUCCUGUGGUCGAUACAUUCCCCGUGGUACUGCAGUGAGUCUUAAUAUGUGCACGCCACAGAGGAGUCGCCCAACCAGUACAAGCUGCAAGAUAGUCCCAGUUUGAUCUGAGGUUGAGGUUUUCCGACAGCUGGAGAUUUUUACCGUGUCUGUGGUUUGCAUGACCUCCUUCACCAACCCCAUCAUCUAUGCAGCGGUCAACCCUCAGUUUCGCACUGAAUUUUAUUAUUUGAAGACUAAAUGGAAAGCGUUUUUUAUUGGUCCAUAGAGUUCCUGUAAGUGUUGUGACAUUUGUAGGAUACAACACUGGAGUUAAAUGAUGCUAAUGCUAAUAUAGACAAUAUGGUGAAAGAGACCUUAUUACAUAUACUGUAAGUCAUUUUUGUUAACUUUUGUAUUUUGAAAAUGUAAUAUAUAUUUUUCACAAUGUAAGUUAAUACUUUGACUGCCUUCUUUUAAAUGUAGUUGGACAAAUCUAAUGAUAUAUUUUCUAUUGUAUAAGGUAUUAUCAUUAAAUGAGAUAAAGACAGAAAAAAGCUGAAGAUUUUAGCAUACAGUAUAUGACCUGAAUUUAGAUCUACUGUGUAUGUUUAAAAUUAGUAUUCAAUGAUUUCAAGUGUUGUUGCCCUACUCUGUCCCAGCAGACAAAUUAAAAGUCCUAAACACAAACCUUUAUUUAUUGUGUUUUGCGUUAUAGACAUGUUAAAGGCAGUGUGAGUAAUAUCUGUGUUGAACACUAGAAAGUGUAAUACACAAAUAUCGCCAUUAUCUAUACUAAUACAUUUUCAGGACAAUAUAAUGUAACAUC